CUGUCUCUCUAAACUUCAAGUUGAGACAUUACUGGAAUAUUUUAAUACUUGUAUGUUGUUUUAUGUUUUGCUGACAUUGGCUUGUGUUGGAACAAAUGUUGUCCCUCUACGGUGUUCUUAUAUCAAUUCUAAUAUAAUUGCUCUCCUAUGGUUUUAUUGCUUCAGGUUUCAUGGGUGCCAUGAUAUCAAACUUGGCAUUUGUAUUCCGCAACAUAUUUUCGAAGAGGGGCAUGAAGGGAAAAUCUGUUAGCGAGAUGAACUACUAUGCAUGUUUAUCGAUUUUAUCUCUGUUACAUUUGACGCCAUUUGCAUUUGCUGUGAAAGGACCACAAUUGUGGGCUGCUGGAUGGCAAACGGCAGUUUCUCAAAUUGGACAUCAUUUUGUUUGGUGGGUUGUAGCGCAAAGUAUAUUCUACCAUCUCUAUAAUCAGGUGUCUUACAUGUCCUUGGAUGAGAUUUCUCCCUUGACGUUUAGCAUUGGAAACACCAUGAAACGUAUAUCAGUCACAGUUUCUUCCAUCAUCAUCUUCCGCACACCUGUGCAGCCAGUCAAUGCUCUUGGAGCUGCCAUUGCAGUUCUUGGAACCUUCAUAUACUCGCAGGAGAAUCUUCAACAAUGGCUAACUCAUGAAAAAGCAUGGGAUCAGUUUGUUAACCGAUCUAGUUCCGAUACUGAGGUUUUCUGGAAUGAUGCUAGACAUUUGAAGCCUGAGCCUGUUUACAAGCGUCAAGUGUUUGGAAGGGGUGGGGAGGAAAUGAAUCUCUUGCAAUAGCAGGUGAUUCAGGUGAAAAUUGUUCCUGAGUUUUCUUGUUUUGCAGAUGCAACAAAAGAGUAAAUAUUUGGUAUCGCAACCUCUUUAUGCUUUUUCUUGGGGAACUUUAGAUCUAACACAUUCACUACAAGAAUUUUGCCUUGAAUGUACCAUUUAUGCACAUUCCCAAUAAACACGUGGUCAGACAAAGAUGCCUAUAACUAGACACUGCUGAAGCUAGGGGGUUGGUUCGAGAAGAAUUAUGAAAGGAUCCAUACUUACCAAGUGGAGAGAGACAGUAAUCUCAUAAUGUUUGUAAAAUCAUAAUAUUUGUAUUACUUGUAAUUUGUGUUUUCAAGGCCCGAAUUAUUGUAUA